AUGGAGAGCUCCAAUUCAGAGUUGUCGUUCCUUGUGAGACAAAUGAAAAUUAAUUGUUCAGCUGCAGCACUCUUUCGGUGCCUAGCUGCUAAGGCACCCAAAGGAAGCACGAGGGCUGAGGUAUUGUGCGGUUGCUCAAACCUAGACAGGAGCGGAAGAAAUGCAGAAGUUGGGUUCCGACCACGGACCUUGCGAUCGAUAAAGAUAGGGAUGCAUAAGUUGGUAAAAGAACCCCCCAUGAGGCUCAGUUGGAUGUUCGUAUUAGACUGCAGUCGAGACGCACUAAUAACGUGGAACGCCUGCUAUAGUUAUUUGCUGACCACAGGCUGUUUGUGUGCAGUACUAACUUCCAAAACAACCAAAGGUUCUUGA